AUGGUCUCAUCGCUCAGAACAGUCGCGGGUACGAGCCGCAACAUCGCUCGAUCGGCAUUACCCUCCCGCCAUCAGCGUUUUGCUGCACGAGCGCUGCCCGCCAUCGUUCACCGAAAGCUGUCUUCGACCCGUCUUACCUCGCAAACCUCUUCCUCUUCCAAGCCCACCGUUUCUGCCAGCACCAGCGUUGGCAAUGUUGAAACAUCUGGAUUCCGCCCACAACCCUCUAUCACCGGUCCAGGCGUUGUUCGGGUCGGUACACUCUUCACAUCGCUCAUCACUCUUGCCGUCGCCGUUACCGGCUAUGGGCUGUACGAAUACUACACCUCCUUCUCCGCCUGGCCCGUCGUCAUCCGCGAUGAUCUUCGUGCAGCGCUUAAAGCCCGCAAUAGAGGGGACGCCCGUCGAGCCGAAUCGUACUUUCGCAAAGCCCUGGCUACUGCUCGCAGCAUCAAAGCUGAACUCAACGAGCCUACUCCCACUCGCCAAGGUUCCGCGAAGGGAGAAGCUGGAGAAGCCAUGCUGAAGAUUUCCGGUAUCGCUAUCGCUCUGGCCGCGCUGCUGGAGGGAGAAGGAAUGGUUGAAGAGAGCUAUGUGGUAUUGGAAGAUGUUUGGGAGGAAGUGAUGGAACGAGGCAAAUACGCGAGUGUUUCCGAGCAGAAGGGGGAAGUCAAGAGGAGUGACAGGGACAGAAUGAGGGCUGUACAGAUUGCUCAGAAGCUUGGAAUGUUGGGGCAGCUGCCUGAAGUAAGACUCGGACUGCUGGACAAGAUGAAAGCUGAUCAGUCGGGCGAACAAGACCAGGGCGGAAAGAAGCAUAGAUUCAGGCUAACGGGAACAGCCGAUUCACAAGAUCCUGCAGAAAAGUGGUUGGUCUGGAGCGUAGAAGAACUCUUCCGACUAGUGUUGCCUGCCGAAGUUCAUGCCUCCGCCCUCGCUGCUGCUUCAUCUCCAUCGCUUGAUUCGAACGCCACUACGAGCAGCUCGGAGCAGGUUAUUCCCACCUCGCUGACCAACCUCACACCACCCACCUCGAUCUCGCUAGCAGACCUGGAUCUUCCGGCAUGGGUGACGAAACUCGACCUGCUCUCUUCCAUCGAGUCCCUCGGCACAUUCUAUGCGUCCAAAAACCUCCCUGAAUAUGCAGUACCGCUCUACCUCCAAACGCUCUCCAUCCUUGUGCCACCUACGAACCCUACCAUUGCUCCGCCCACCGCAAGCGAGAGAUGCAAAGCUGGCCUGGUGAUGAAUAACCUCUCACAAUUGCUAUCAGGUUCCAACAUCAAGGACGCUACGAGUUGGGCAAUAAAAGGUCUCGAAGUGACCGACAAGACUGUUCAGUUGGCAGGAUUCGAGUCUUCUCCCUCUGCUUCGGCGAAGGCCGACAAAGUGCAGGUGGUGCAGAGCUCAGAUGAGAGGACGCAAGAGGUGCGCACCGAAUGUUUGGGUGUCAAGCUCACCUUGCUGUAUAACCUGGGCGUUUUGAACGAUAUGGCUGGCGACAAAUGUCAAGCAAGACUGUACUUUCAAAAAGCCUAUGCGCUUGCAGACAAGCUCGGAGGCGCCACGUUCGGUGUUGCUAAACAGAAGGCUGCCGAUAGUUUGGCCAGGCUCGAAAGACGCGGUUCUUCCAAGACCAGGUAA